AUGGAGAGCCGCGGCGGGACUCCCCCGGCUGGGGCGUUUGGGGCGGCGGCUGAGUCACCACAGUGCCCGCUGCCGCCGGGGGCCGAGGGCAUGGCGGAGGCGGCGGAGCCCGACGGGGCGGCCGAGGGCGCUGGGAGCGGCAGCGGUGGCGAGGACGGGGCCGCGCCGCGGCGGGCUCUGCGGACAGUGUACGUGCGCAGCGAGAGCUCCCAGGGCGGCGCGGCGGGCGGCCAGGAGGCGGGGGCGCGGCAGUGCUUGCUGCGGGCCUGCGAGGCCGAGGGCGCCCACUUCACCUCUGUACCGUUCGGAGAGCUUGACUUCGGGGAGACGGCUGUGCUCGACGCCUUCUACGAUGCAGAUGUCGCCGUGGUGGACAUGAGUGAUGUCUCCAGACAGCCUUCGCUCUUUUACCAUCUCGGGGUCCGAGAAAGCUUUGACAUGGCCAAUAAUGUGAUCCUGUACCAUGACACCGACGCCGACACUGCUCUUUCAUUGAAGGAUAUGGUGACCCAGAAAAACACAGCAUCUAGCGGAAAUUAUUAUUUCAUCCCGUACAUCGUGACACCGUGUGCUGAUUAUUUCUGCUGCGAGAGUGACGCCCAGAGGCGUGCCUCCGAGUACAUGCAGCCCAACUGGGACACCAUCCUGGGCCCGCUGUGUGUGCCUCUGGUGGACAGGUUUAUAAGCCUCCUCAAGGACAUCCACGUGACCUCAUGUGCUUACUACAAAGAAACCUUGUUAAACGACAUCCGGAGAGCCCGAGAGAAAUACCAGGGUGAUGAGCUGGCCAAGGAGCUGGCUCGGAUCAAGCUCCGCAUGGACAACACCGAGGUUCUGACCCCAGACAUCAUCAUUAAUUUACUGCUGUCUUACCGUGACAUCCAGGACUAUGAUGCUAUGGUGAAGCUGGUAGAAACACUAAAAAUGCUGCCUACGUGUGACUUGGCUGAUCAGCAUAACAUUAAAUUCCAUUAUGCAUUUGCACUGAACAGGAGGAACAGUGCCGGUGACCGUGAGAAGGCUCUGCAGGUCAUGCUCCAGGUUCUGCAGAGCUGUGAUCACCCGGCCCCCGACAUGUUGUGCCUGUGUGGGAGGAUCUACAAGGACAUCUUCUUGGAUUCGGAGUGCAAGGAUGGCAUCAGCCGAGACCGCGCCAUUGAGUGGUAUCGCAAAGGAUUUGAGCUCCAGUCAUCUCUGUAUUCGGGAAUUAACCUGGCAAUUUUGCUGAUAGUUGCGGGACAGCAAUUUGAAACUUCCAUCGAACUAAGGAAAAUAGGUGUCCGGCUAAACAGUUUGUUGGGAAGAAAAGGGAGCCUGGAGAAAAUGAACAAUUACUGGGACGUGGGUCAGUUCUUCAAUGUCAGCAUGUUGGCCAACGAUGUCGGGAAGGCCGUCCAGGCAGCAGAGAGGUUGUUCAAACUGAAACCGCCAGUCUGGUACCUCCGAUCAUUAGUUCAGAACUUGUUAUUAAUUCAGCGCUUCAGGAAACCCAUUAUUGAACAUUCACCCAGGCAAGAACGGCUUAACUUCUGGUUAGAUAUAAUAUUUGAGGCAACAAAUGAAGUUACCAAUGGACUCAGAUUUCCAGUGCUGGUGAUCGAACCAACCAAAGUGUACCAGCCUUCGUAUGUCUCUAUAAACAGUGAGGCCGAGGAGAAGACCGUUUCCCUGUGGCAUGUCUCACCCACAGAAAUGAAACAAAUUCAUGAAUGGAAUUUUACAGCUUCUUCCAUUAGGGGAAUAAGCAUAUCCAAGUUUGAUGAACGGUGUUGUUUUCUUUAUGUCCAUGAUAAUUCUGAUGACUUUCAAAUCUACUUCUCCACUGAAGACCAGUGUAGUAGGUUUUGCUCUUUGGUCAAAGAGAUGAUAAGCAACACAAUGGGUAGUGCGCUGGAGCUAGAGGGCGAAACCGAUGGGGACACCUUAGAGUAUGAGUAUGACCACAAUGCCAAAGGCGACAGGGUCGUGCUGGGGAAAGGCACGUAUGGGAUCGUGUAUGCCGGAAGAGACCUGAGCAACCAAGUGCGAAUAGCCAUCAAGGAAAUCCCAGAGAAAGACAGCAGGUACUCACAGCCACUGCAUGAGGAGAUAGCCCUGCAUAAGUACCUCAAGCACCGCAAUAUCGUUCAGUACCUGGGCUCGGUCUCGGAGGACGGCUACAUUAAGAUAUUUAUGGAGCAAGUGCCUGGAGGAAGCCUUUCUGCUCUUCUGCGAUCAAAAUGGGGGCCAAUGAGGGAGCCCACCAUCAAGUUUUACACCAAGCAAAUCCUGGAAGGCCUCAAGUAUCUCCACGAAAACCAGAUUGUGCACAGAGACAUCAAGGGCGAUAAUGUUCUGGUGAAUACCUACAGUGGCGUGGUGAAAAUCUCGGAUUUUGGAACCUCCAAGCGUCUUGCAGGAGUGAAUCCGUGCACCGAGACUUUCACAGGCACUCUGCAGUACAUGGCACCUGAGAUCAUCGACCAAGGACCACGAGGGUACGGCGCCCCCGCUGAUAUCUGGUCCCUGGGCUGCACCAUCAUUGAGAUGGCCACCAGCAGGCCUCCGUUCGAUGAGCUCGGCGAGCCGCAGGCAGCCAUGUUCAAAGUGGGGAUGUUUAAGAUCCACCCUGAGAUCCCAGAAGCCCUUUCAGCUGAUGCCAGAGCCUUCAUUUUAUCCUGUUUUGAACCUGACCCCCACAAACGUGCCACUGCUGCCAAGCUGCUCACAGAGAGUUUCUUAAGGCAGGUGAACAAGGGCAAGAAGAACCGAAUUGCUUUCAAGCCAGCAGGUACCCGGGGCAUCACCCUGGCCCUGCCCAUGUCUGGGGACCCCAUGGGCAGCAGCAGCAGCAACCACGGUUCUGUCUCCCCGGACUCUGAUGCGCAUAUGGAUGCGUUCUUCGAGAAGGCCCGGGCACCCAAGCACCAGGUCCACCACCUGCUUAGUGUCCCAGAUGAGAGCUCAGCCUCAUCCCCGGAGGACAGGGACCCCGGCCUCUUCCUGCUGCGCAAGGACAGUGAGCGCCGCGCCAUCCUGUACAAAAUCCUCUGGGAGGAGCAGAACCAGGUGGCUUCCAACCUGCAGGAGUGUGUGGCCCAGAGUUCAGGAGACCUGCAUCUCUCAGUCGGCCACAUCAAGCAAAUAAUUGGGAUCCUGAGGGACUUCAUCCACUCCCCGGAGCACAGAGUGAUGGCAUCCACGAUAUCAAAGCUAAAGAUGGACCUGGACUUUGACAGCUCGUCCAUCAGUCAGAUUCAUCUGGUACUGUUUGGAUUUCAGGAUGCUGUAAAUAAAGUUUUGAGGAACCAUUUAAUCAGGCCCCACUGGAUGUUUGCCAUGGACAACAUCAUCCGUCGAGCGGUGCAGGCUGCAGUCACCAUUCUCAUCCCAGAGCUCCGAGCCCACUUCGAGCCCACGUCAGAGACCGAAGGGGUGGAGGACACAGAUGAGGUGGAAGACGACUAUCCCCCGGCAGACCUGGCGGGAAGCGCCCCCCAGCCGCACCAGCAGCACCUGAGCCUCCAGCUGGGCGAGCUCCGACAAGAAACCAACAGACUUCUGAAACACCUAGUUCAGAAAGAGAGAGAGUACCAGAAUCUUCUACGGCAAACCUUAGAGUGGAAAACUCAAGAAUUAUACCAUCUUCAGUUACAGUUCAAAUCUAAUGAGACUCCAGAGAACCCAGCGUCCUCUCCUGGGUCUCAUGGGCAGAAAACCGAUAAAGAGCUUGUAGACUGGUUACAAGAGAAAGGAGCAGAUGCGAGUACAAUAGAAAAGAUUGUUGAAGAGGGUUAUACGCUUUCUGAUAUUCUAAACGACAUCACUAAGGAAGAUCUAAGACACCUUAGACUACGUGGCGGGCUCCUCUGCAGGCUCUGGACAGCAGUCUCCCAGUACAGAAGAAAGGCUCGGGGGUCCCUGGCAUCCCAAGAUGGGGCUGGACCAGUCGGUUAAGCCAGGGGAUAGAAGAAGCCAAGGGCUGACAUCCUUUUUUGUUUAAACUUCU